AUGACCGAUGUAUCCGGAUGCUUCAGCUGCCCAGCCCAUCUAUAUAAGACGCAUAGAUUUGCCGCAGUUGUGGAACACCUGAGUUAUUUCGUUUGCAGUCAACAGACAACCGCAAAACAGUCACACAUAGUUAUCAUGCCAGCCCCAUACAAGCCAGGUUCCGAGAAGAAGGGUGCUACUUUGUUCAAGACUAGAUGUCUACAGUGCCACACCACCGAGAAGGGCGGUCCACACAAGGUUGGUCCUAACUUACACGGUGUCUUCAGCAGACAGUCCGGUCAGGUCUCCGGUUACUCUUACACCGACGCGAUGAUCAACCGCAACGUUACGUGGGACGCCCAGUCGAUGUCCGACUACUUGGAGAACCCAAAGAAGUACAUUCCAGGUACCAAGAUGGCCUUUGGUGGGUUGAAAAAGGAGAAGGACAGAAACGACUUGAUCACCUACAUGUUGAAGGCUUGUAAAUAA